GAUUGCACAGCUCUCCUGAUCGCAGGUGACCUCGGGAGGUGGAGCACGCAGCGCGGGGACGGAGACGCAGUGGGCAGGGACCUAGCGGUGGCGAGGAAGGGUGCCGUUCUGCGAUCCUGGAGGCCCAGCGCCGUUAAGGCCCUGGCCUCAGGGCUUACCCCCCACUGCACUGUGAGACCUCGAGGACCUGGGCUGGGGACGCCAUCGGUCCUCAGAGGGGCAGGCCAGGAGCCGCUGCCAUGGCUGUAGGCAAUAUCAACGAGCUACCGGAGAACAUUCUCCUGGAGCUGUUCACCCACGUCCCGGCCCGCCAGCUACUGCUGCGCUGCCGACCCGUCUGCAGCCUCUGGCGAGACCUCAUUGACCUGGUGACCCUCUGGAAGCGCAAGUGCCUUCGAGAGGGCUUCAUCACCGAGGACUGGGACCAGCCCGUGGCUGACUGGAAGAUCUUCUACUUCCUGCGAAGCCUCCGAAGGAACCUCCUUCACAACCCGUGUGCGGAAGAGGGAUUUGAGUUCUGGAGCCUGGACGUGAACGGAGGAGACGAAUGGAAGGUGGAAGAUCUCUCCAAAGACCAGCGGAAGGAAUUCCCCAAUGACCAGGUUCGCAGCCAGGCCAGACUGCGGGUCCAAGUACCAACUGUGCGUUCAGCUCCUGUCGUCGGCGCACGCACCACUGGGGACCUUCCAGCCAGACCCGGUGACGAUCCAGCAGAAGAGCGACGCCAAGUGGAGGGAGGCCUGGAAGCAGAGCUUCCUGUUGCCACCAUGGUCAACAUCAACGAGCUGCCCGAGAACAUUCUGCUGGAGCUGUUCACCCACGUCCCGGCCCGCCAGCUGCUGUGUAACUGCCGCCUGGUCUGCAGCCUCUGGCGAGACCUCAUCGAUGUGGUGACGCUAUGGAAGCGCAAGAGCCUGCAAGACGGCUUCAUCACCGAGGACUGGGAAGAGCCCGUGGAAGACUGGAAGAUCUUCUAUUUCCUGUGCAGCCUGCAGAGGAACCUCCUUCGGAACCCGUGUGCCGAAGAGAACAUGGAAUCAUGGCGGUUAGACUACAAUGGCGGGGAUGAGUGGAAGGUGGAGAGCCUCCCUGGUGCACAUGGCACAAACUUUCCUGACCCCAGGGUCAAGAAAUAUUUUGUCACUUCUUAUGGCAUGUGCCUCAAGUCCCAGGUGGUGGACCUCAAAGCGGAGGGCUACUGGGAGGAGCUGAUGGACACCUUCCGGCCCGACAUUGUCAUUAAAGACUGGUUUGCCCCCAGAGCAGACUGUGGCUGCACCUAUCACAUCCGGGUACAGUUGGCCUCGGCCGACUAUAUCAUUUUGGACUCCUUCGAGCCUCCACCUGUGACCAUCGAGCAGUGGAAUGAUGCCACGUGGAAGGAGGUCUCCCAUACCUUCUCAGAUUACCCUCCAGGUGUCCGCCACAUCCUCUUUCAACAUGGGGGCCAGGACACCCAGUUCUGGAAAGGCUGGUACGGGCCCCGCGUCACCAACAGCAGCAUCAUUAUCAGCCACAGGACAGCCAAGAACCCCGCCCCUACCAGACCUCCGCCUGAAGAUGCCCUAGUGAUGGGCGGAAGACACCCUUCUUUGGAUGCAGAAAUCCAUCCCUUGGUAGACUUUCUCUGACAGCCAUCUGUCCACCUCUGCCGGCAAACCCAUCAAGCCGGCCUUGACAUUUUGUUGUAAUAAAUGUUUUCAGUAA